GUGCAGAAGCAAGUUGGCAUGACUGCAUAUGAACAGGUGACAGGUGCUCACUAUCAAGGCAAGCUGUGCAAGUUCUGUGAACCAGUGCUUUAUCGUACAGCUGCUCGAAAGAAAGGAAACAUCGCAUGGUACAGAGGCAUUUGGCUUGGCAAGAAUGAAGAUUCUGACCGACACAUCAUAGGCACACCUACAGGCAUUUGUGAAUCCCGCACUGUCAAGAGAAUUGAUGGAAAAUGGAAUAUGAUGCAUCUUUACGUCAUGAGAGGAUUGCCCUGGGAUCCAAGAGCUUUGGUGGCAGAUGGUUCACUGAAGGAGCUUCGAAACAAACCCGUGGCCAUUCGUGAGGAUGCGAUCACAGGUGGGGAUAGCGAUGCCGAAAGUGAUUUGCCGGUGCCUCCAACUGAAGUGAUCAAUGAUCUUGCCAUGCCAGAGAGUUCAAGUGCACAAGACUCCACUGGACAAGUUCUCAGAAUGGUACAAGUGGAUGGUGAGGUUUUGCCCGAUGGAGAUGAGUUGGGUGACGGUUGGGAGUACUAUCUUCCAAGUGACGAAGAGUUUGACCCCUUUGAGCAAUACAACUUUCUGGGAGCAACUCCACCUGACCUUAGCCCAGAGGAUCUUGCGGCAUUGGAGCUUCAGGGAGACCAUGAGGAGAUCUCAAACCUCAUGAAAGCAGAAGUGUUGACGCCAGUUCCUGAAGAGGAGACCGUGGGAAAAGCCUUCAUGUCGACACGCUAUGUGAGAGACUGGAGGUGGCGUGAUGGUCAGUGGAAGCGUCGAUCGCGCUUCGUCAGUCGAGAGUUCUUCAAGUGUUGCUUGUGCAAAGAUCUUAUCUAG